AUGAACUAUUACCGAAUCUUCAAUUUGAUCUUCAAAAAUAUUUUCAAUUUCAAAAAGGCGCCCUCGCAAGGCCUCGCGGUGACCCUGUGGCCUGAGCCCACGGGCUGCGUUUCCGGGCCCUGCGGCCAGACCCGCCCGCGGUGGGCUGACGAAGGGGGGCGUCUAGAGACGAUCUCGCCGAGAAUCUCGGGCAGCAGAGUCCUGUCCGCAGGCUGCCUGGCUUCAGCCGCCGCGAUGCUGCCUGCAGCGUCGGGCCGGGCGGGCGGGAGCCGGGAGCGGGCCCCCGGCAGCCCAGCGCCCCCAGAAAAUACAAAAGACAUCCUACUGAUACAUGGAGAAGAUGCUGAGGAAUGGGCUCUGUACUUGAGGGAAGUUUUUUUGCAUGUUGUGAAAAGGGAAGCGGUCCUAUUAUAUCGCUUGGAGAAUCACUCUUUUUGGGAUCUGGAAUUGCUGAGUUUAAACUCUUACAAAUGUAAACUUUUGAUCUUAUCAAAUAGCCUCCUUAAAGACCUAACUCCAAAGAAAUGUCAGUUUCUCGAAAAGAUACUUCAUUCACCAGAAAGUGUGGUUACUCUGCUGUGUGGGGUGAAGAGUUCAGAUCAGCUCUACAAAUUAUUAAAUAUCGUCAGAGGCAGAUGGGAAAUGUCUACCGAGCAGGAGCCCGAAGAUUACAUCGCUGUAAUCGAGAAUAUCAUAUUCAGAGGUUCUGAUGACUACCUUGAGGUCAAUAUUCCAACAGACCUAAAAGUGGAUCAUUCUGGGGAAAUAAGUAAGAGACAGGAAAUUGAAGAAUUAUCAAAAGCUUCAAGAGAUACCAUACCACAGGCAAUUGUGCUUCCUGCUGAAAUUCCAUGUGAGAAUCCUGGUGAAAUAUUUAUUAUUUUGAGAGAUGAAGUCAUUGGUGAUACUGUGGAGGUUGAAUUUACAUCAAAUAGCAAAUGUGUUAGAACACAGCCAACCCGUUGGAAUAAGACAGUCUGGUGUAUGGAAGCUUUAGAUUUUCCUGCUGGGUCUGUCAAUGUCCACAUCUACUGUGAUGGAGUCAUUAAGGCCACAACAGAGAUUAAGUACUCUACAAGUGCAAAGGCUGUGGAAUACCUAUUGGGAGUGGCAAGUCCAGGAGAUGGUGUGCGCCAGAAAGACAUUGACGAACUUGAUGAUAUUCUCACAUCCGUAUUCAAGCAUGAAAUACCAUAUUAUGAAUUUCAGUCGUUCCAACCUAACAUCAACUCUCAAAAAGAAUAUACUCAUUUCAAGGAACUUCCAACCCUUCUCCACUGUGCAGCAAAAUUUGGUUUAAAGAACUUAGCUAUCCAUUUGCUUCAAUGUUCAGGAGCAACCUGGGCAUCUAAGGUGAAAAAUUUGGAGGGUUCAGAUCCAGCACAUAUCGCUGAAAGGCAUGGUCACCAAGAACUCAAGAAAAUCUUUGAAGACUUCUCAAUCCCAGAAGUUAGCAGAAAUGAUCAAGAAAAUGACUAUGAAGAUGAUUUUACUUCAUUAUUUGCAUAUUCUUCUACCAUACAGACCCCAGCAUUUCAUCCUGAAGGUGGACAGACAUACAGGCAGUGGGCAGAAGGAGCUGAGGCAGAUGAACUGGCAAAGGAAGAUAAAGAGGGUGAAUCGAGCACAGAGGCCGAGCACAGCCUAGCAGAGGUUGGGGUUGGCACUUCUGCGAACCAGUAUGAUGAUGACUUCUAUGUGUUCGUUCCUGGAGACAAUCCAGAACAUACUUCACGAGAGCCACUCGUCAGCAACAGACCACCUCCCCCCCCUCCACGACCUGUAGCUGCUGCCUUCCCACUGGAAAAACCUCACUGCACAUUGCAGGGGAAAAUGGUGGAAGGCCAAAUGGAAAGAAGUCAAAACUGGUGUGAUCUCGGAGCAAGACAGGAAACAGGAGGUGAGACCAAAGAAGAAAGGAGAGAAAAUGAAGAGGAGAAAGAGGAAGACCCAUAUACAUUUGCUGAGAUUGAAGACAGUGAUUAUGACAUGAUAUUGGCCAAUAUGAGUACAAAGAAAAAAAAUGGGAGUUGGUCUUUUAUAAUAAACAGACCUCCUGCCCCUACACCUCGACCCACAAAUAUCCCUCCAAAAGAGGAAACCACACCUUACAUAGCUCAAGUGUUUCAACAAAAGACAGCCAGAAAACAAUCUGAUGGCGACAGGUUCCACGGUCCUAAGAGACAAGACAGAGCUCGGCUGGAGAGUCAGGCCUUUUCCACUGUGAACUGCCUUGCUGCUGGGCAGGAAGAGCUCAUCCUUCUUCAAGAGAAAGUCAAGAAUGGGAAACUAUCUGUGGAUGAAGCCCUAGAGAAAUUUAAACAUUGGCAGAUGGGCAAGACUGAACUGGAAAUGAUUCAGCAGGAAAAACUACGCCAGCUACGAGAUUGCAUCAUUGGGAAAAGGCCAGAAGAAGAAAAUGUCUCUGAUAAACUCACCAUUGUGCACCAUCCAAAUGGUAACGAGAGUGCCCGCAAUGAAAAUAUGUUAUAUAACACACCUUUCCGCAAUAAGCUUCCUACUCGACUCCAAGCUGAAAAGGAAUUCGGUUUCUGUUGCAGGAAAGAUUACUAAAGAAGGUUAUUAUAAUGAAACCCAAAAAUCUGCAGACACUGUGCUUUCUGGGUGAAGCAUGCUUGCAUUUGGAUUGCCUGCUGUCUUCAGGGAAAAUACUAUACUACAAAAGCAGAGGCAAACCUCUGGAUUUCAGAAUUUGUCAUUGCCACGAUUUAUUGGCAUUAACCUGCUUCAGAUAGGUACAUCAGGAUUCAAAUUGAAUGCCAUAGAGUGAUUGCAUUCUUUGACAGUUCUUGCAUUUUACAAUGCAUUUUGCCACUGAAGCAGCUGUUCCCCAUUUUGAAAAUUAAGGGAAAACAAAAACAGAGAGGUGAAAACUUCUCUGUAGCAAAGAUAUUGUGCCUGUUUGAAGCACUCACCUGAACAGUUUACUCCUUACUCCUUACCUACUGUCUUUAGAAUGACCAUGAAAAUACACAUUUGUUAUAGAUAGAUAUGCUUUUUAAGUUGCUGGUCCAUUUUCUGAAUUUCUGACAUUCAAAUCUCUAAUUAUUACUGCUAUGUUUUGAGAAACCUUCUCUUACUUAGUGCCUAUUUGCAUGUAACCUUGAGAAUAUUAUUUCUUAACAUUCUAUAACUCAAAUUAAUAUACAUUUCCACAACCUACAUUCUUUAAAAGGCUUACAAUUUCAGCAACCUAUUUCUUAAAAACAACUUACUAGUGUAGAAUAGAAUGCAGUGUUACCAUUCUGUGAUUCCCAUGCACGAUUCCUGCAAAUAAAAUGAAUGUUUAAAACUGUG